AUGUUCAACAGCCCAGGUAAGAACAACCUCUACGCACGUGUUCCGACCAUCAGAAUGUAUGGGAAAUCUGUCAAGGUGAAAAAGCAUAUCACUUACCUGGGCAUUACUCUCGACCCCACUCUAACCUGGACCCAGCAUAUUAAACAUAUAGCUGCUCGCACGGGCCUCAUCUUUCAUACCUUUGCCAAGUAUGCCAAAAAUAAAUGGGGCCUCAAUUCAGAGGCAAUGGGGACCAUCUACGACCACAUAUUUAUUCCUACCAUCACUUACGCUUGCGGCACCUGGGGUCAAGCCGCUCAAAAAGUUCAUCCUAGACGUGCACUCACCUCUGCCCAACGUAAAGCCCUACUACUCAUAACAAAGGCCUAUCGCACCGCCCCAAAUGCAAGCCUUCAGGUGAUGGCCCUCAAACCGCCAAUUGAAAAAGUUAUUGACUUAUAUUACAAACAGUGGAAUGUCAAGUGGGGACAAAACAUUAACAUCAACCCUUCCUACACAAUUAAUGCCAAUGACUUGGAGAAGUCCACUCCCUUUCACCUUACUCAUUACCCUGGAGAUCUUAACCCAAUUAAAUUUAAUGGGAACUUUAAUAACAACUGCAAAGUGUUUACGGAUGGCUCCAAAGUUGAUAAUCAUGUUGGAUGCAGCUUUGUGGUAUAUAGGGACGAAGAUGAAAUCUUCCACAAACAGCUCAGACUUGCCGACCAUUGCUCAGUCUUUCAGGCUGAGCUCUUUGCUGUAAAUGCCGCCAUACACUGGUGUGAAAAUAAUUUCUCUGGCCUUAGUAUAAACAUCGUCUCUGACAGUCAAGCCACAAUUGCCAGCAUUAAAAACAAACAUCCACACUACCUAGUUACUGAUAUUUAUUGCACUAUUCGUCAUUCCACCAAUGAAUAUUUCUUGAACUGGACUCGUGCACAUCAGGGUAAUCCUGGUAACGAGCGGGCAGACGAACUAGCAAAGGAGGCUGCCACUGACCUCACUCUCACCACUAGUUAUAAUAAUAUGAGCAAUUCCACCUUAAAGCACAUCCUUUGGAACAAUCUCCUCGAAAACUGGCAGAAUGACUGGAACAACAACCGUCAAUCAAUUACCAAUAACUUCUUCCCGCAUAUCUCAGACAUUUAUAACUAUAAAUGGUUGAAACUCAACCAUUCCACAUCGCAAUUUUUUACCAACCAUGGUAAUUUCCACUGCUAUCUUAACAGAUUUACCAACUACUCGAACAAUACAUGCUCCCUCUGUGGCACUCAGGAUGGAGCACUUCAUUAUAUUUUCAACUGCCCAAUGCUCGAUGCUGAGCGGCAACAUUUAAAGAUUAUAAUCAACUCUCGGGGAAAGGACUGGCCCUGUAGUUGCAACGAGUUGAUCAACGAACAUUCCACUUACGUUUACUUCAAUCAGCUAGUCAACAAAUACUGUAAACUUGCAGCUCUCAACGUUUCAACUAGCACCUCCUAG